CUCUUCCAAGCCAUCGAAAACAAAGGAAAAACGCAAUAGGAAAUAGAAAAUCUCUCUCUCUCUCUCUCUCUCUCUCUCUCUCUCUCUCUCUCUCUCUCUAUCCUCCAUUAAUCAAAGCCAUGGUUUCGUUCUCAUACAAAUCCAUGGCUUUGGUUCUUCUACCCAGUAUCCUCGCCCUUUGUUUCAUAUCAUCCUCGGCAGAGUUCCACCGGUUAGAACAUGCAGCCAAGAACGACGGUUCUCUUAGCUUUCUAGUAGUUGGAGAUUGGGGGAGAAGAGGGACGUACAACCAAUCACAGGUCGCCACCCAGAUGGGAAGGAUUGGAGACAAGCUAGACAUAAACUUCGUAAUAUCCACUGGCGACAACUUCUAUGAUGAUGGAUUAACAGGCGUUGAAGACAAAGCCUUCCAAGAGUCUUUUACUAACAUUUACACUGCUGAGAGCCUACAGAAACAGUGGUACGCUGUUUUAGGGAAUCAUGACUAUAGAGGAGAUGCAGUUGCACAACUGAGCCCAGUACUCAGGAAACUCGACAGUAGAUGGCUUUGCUUGAGAUCCUAUGUUGUAAAUGCAGAAAUCGUGGAAUUUUUCUUUGUAGACACAACUCCUUUUGUAGAAAAGUACUGGCUCGACCCAGAGGAACAUACCUAUGAUUGGAGAGACGUGGCUCCAAGGAAUACUUACAUGGCAUCUGUUUUGAAGGAUCUUGAAUCGGCAUUGAAGGGAUCGUCAGCGACAUGGAAGAUCGUCGUGGGCCACCACACGAUCAGGAGUGCAAGCCAUCAUGGGGAUACCCAAGAGCUUGUAAACCUGAUGCUUCCAAUGCUUAGGACCUACAAAGUCGAUUUUUACAUAAACGGCCACGAUCAUUGCCUGCAACAUAUCAUCGAUUCCAACAGUCCGUUGCUGCUCCUCACUAGUGGAGCCGGUUCGAAGUCGUGGAGGGGCGACACUGACAUGAACCACGACGGUCUGCGGUUCUUUUACGACGGGCAGGGGUUCAUGUCAGUGCAGCUGACACCGGCCGACGCCAGGAUCAUAUUCUACGACGUCGCCGGCAAUGUAUUACACAGGUUGAACAUGUCGAAAGAGAUAUAUGCAGCCAUUUAGAGAAAAUAUGUGCACCCAAACACACUGUUUGAGGCCUUAGUUCAUUGUACAUAAUUAGCCACUAGAGAUUUCGUUAAUCAUAAAUUAGUGUAUUUUCGUAA